CCAAGAUCCAGACCAAGAAGUGCACCCGCUCUUUCGUGUAUCCUGGCCAUAGGCACUUUCAGUCAAUAUGUCUGCGCCAGAACAGGAUGUCGCCACUGACCCAGGAGCCCCAGAUGGAGAGGGAGGACCACCAACCUCAGACCCAAACCUCACUAAUAAUCUUCGCCUCCAACAGGCACAGGCCCAAGUGGAUGAGGUGGUGGAUAUCAUGCGUGUGAAUGUUAAGAAUGCAAUAGACAGGGACAUAAAGUUGUCGCAGUUGGACGACCGGGCUGAUGCGCUGCACGAUGGAGCCAAGCUGUUUGAGAGCAGCGCUGCCAAGCUAAAGAACAAGUACUGGUGGAAAAACUGCAAGAUGAUGAUCAUCAUGGGAGUUAUCGUGGUCCUCCUCGUGGGCAUUGCUUUCAUGUACUUCUACUACUGACCUAUGUACAAGUAUGUGGCAAAAUUUACCACUGGACAGAUAAUUUGAGCGAUGUUCACCAUAGCUCAUACCCCUAUCCUUUUUCCUAACUGAUGCCUUUCAACCAAAGUGCAGCACGUGUGUAGAUGUUUGUGUAGUGCCUCUCCAGUGCUUCCACAUUUCUGUCAAAAUACCAACCUGGGUGAUUUGCAACUGAGUUCUCACUCUCUCUUGCUUAUUCUUCAUUGUUUUUAUUGUUCUGAAACAAUCAAACUGGACAAAAAAUGUAACUGGAGAACUGAGGAAAGAUGAGAUAUAGAUGGAUAGAUGAAGAAUUAUAUGCAGUUAUGUAAGUAAAACCUAAGGCAGUGGUCACCAAUUUCUUCCUGAAGAUCUACUGUCCUGAAGACUUUUGCUUCAACCAUAAUCAUGCCCACCUGACCAUCUUAUCACUACCUUAAGAAGAUCAACUAAAACAGCUUUGUUAGAUUUAGUUUGGAGAUGAAACCUGCAGGAAGCUAGUUCUCAAGGAAGACAGUUUGUGACCUCUGACCUAAGGCAUUUACCCAAUAAUGUCACAAGUAUCAUUUGAAGACAGUGCUGAGUCUUCAGCAUUAAUCCCCUUUUCAGUUAUUAUUAAAUAUCAUAUCAGACAUUGUGCAGUGAGGUUAUAAUAAAUCUUCUGACUGCAUAAUGGCUCUGAUUAUGUUAUCUUCUGAACCAGAAUUCUAUUUCUUUCUUUCUUUCUUUCUUUCUUUCUAUCUGACUUUCUGAAUAUUAGCCCUGAAAUUAGUGAACUAUGCAAAUUAAGUACUGUGAGAAAUUGACCAUUAUAUAACUUUGUAAUGAUAUAGCUAAGAUAGCAUUUCAUCUAUUGCCAAUAAAUAUUAGAAGAAUGAUAAUAAUUAAGCUCUGUGAAGACUUGAAGAUUACAGUGUAUGGAAGUGUCAUUUCACUGUACGUUCCUUAUAUAUGCAGUUCCUGUAUUAUUAUUGCAUGCAGAUGUUGAUCACUGAACUAUGUGUAACUACAGUAUGUCUAUAUAUUUCAUAGGUGUUUAGUGUACUUUGUUAAGUCUUUAACAGCACAGUUUGCCCAUCAUAUACUGAUUAAAAUAAAGUGAUGAAAAGCAGUUA